AUGUCAUGUUGUCUGUUCCUCUGUCUCAGGUACAUGAUGAUGAAGGACUGCUGGCAUGCAAUCUCCUCUCACAGGCCCACAUUCAAACAGUUGGUCGAGGACUUGGACCGCAUUCUCACUUUGGCAACCAACGAGGAAUAUCUGGACCUGUGCGCCCCGGUGGAGCAAUACUCUCCCAGCUUCCCCGACACACGCAGCUCCUGCUCCUCUGGAGACGAUUCCGUCUUCUCCCACGACCCCUUAGCAGACGAGCCCUGCCUUCCCAAGUACCAGCACAUCAAUGGAGGCAUAAAAACAUGAGCCUCUUCAACGUUCUCCAGACCCACCGCAUCCAAGCUACGCCUGCAGUUCUCAACAAGACUGAGAGACUUUUACCCACAGUUCCCUUGUACCCAUUCAGAACCGUAUGCUGCCUCUAGACUCCUUGCGAAGCUCCCGCUGAACUUUUGGAGUGCGCUAAAGGAGGCUGAGACGUCAGCAAUGCUGCUUUUCCGGAAAGAAACUGAAGUGUGUGAAGCGCAGGUGCUUUUUUUUGUGGAAACACACACUUGUGCGCACAAAAACACGUGACCAAGCUCUUAAGAAGAGGACAAGGACUGAAGAAAAGUGACUGUUUCCAAGGGCCCACCUCUUAAAUUUUUUUGUUUAUUUCGAUGGGGUUUUUUUUUCGUUUAUGUUGGAGUUCUAUUACAUUCUUGCUGUCAUUCCGUUGCUUGGCAUUCCAGGAUUCUGUGUUCCCAAGAGAAAUGAAUGGAGCACAUGAACAGAACUCUUAAGAUACAAAAAGGAGACAAUAGGAUACGAGUACAAUAAGGAAACAUACAACUAACAGAAGAAGUAGAAGAAAUCAUAACACUGCCUCCGGUUGAUUUUUAUUGUUUAUUUUAAAUGCUCAGUUUUUACCAUGAUAACACGGUUAUCGUACAAAAAGCCCAAGCCGUUAUCCUUAAUGGUUAAAAAAAUAAUACAUGGUAUAUAGUGCUGGGUAUAUUUGUAAAUAUAUUCAAAUAUGUAAAAAUAUAUAUUAUAUAUUUACAAUUAAUUAUUUUUGGUAUGGACUUCCGAACAAUUCCUCCCUUUUCCCGCAGAGUGAGAAAUAGAUGUAGACACAUCUAGAUGUUUCUAUUACAUUCCCAGACAUACAUUAGCACAUUUAUAGCAGGACUCGACAUUAAAAACUCCAUGAUAUGGCUUAUCUCUUAUGUGUUUCCUGUUAAAACAGGAAGUUUCUUUUCUUUGUCAUGUUUUGGGAGUGUACUAGCAUUUAGAUGACCUCAAAACUAACGAACAUUGACUAAAAGCCAAACAACUCUCAGUUUUCAUGCAUAUGUUCCAGACACUUUGAGCCGUGGUGCUGGUUCGAAACCAGGCGCACAAAAUCCCCUGGAAAAGUUUAAUGUCGGGUCCUGCGCAACUCUCACUUGCUGACACAGUCACGUAUUGGCUUUCAGGGAAAGAGAUAGCAUGUUAAUUUAUUGACUUAUGUUAAAAAAAGAAUCAAAAGGAUAAAAAAAGAUCAAAAUAAUAAAGAGAUAAUAUUAAUGACGACAGUAGAAACAAUAAUGAUUCAUAAUGUUUAUUUUGUAAUUUAAAAUAACAUUUCAGUGGUACAAAGAAUUAUUUGUAGCUGGUAUCGAAAGAUUUGCAUUUCUUACGUCUUUUUAUAUAUAAAUAUACAAAUGUGAAUGGUAAGUUAAAAUGCAAAAAUAACGUACAUUUUUAUAGUCAGCUAAUCCCUUUUCUAUAGUAGAGGAUGUUGUUUUUAUCCGGCUGUUUUACUCACACUGAAGUUUGCAUUUGAAUUUGACGAAAUACUGGAAAAAAAGGUUGCAGUAUAUUCUGUGCAGUUUUACCCACAACUCAAAAGUAUUAAGAAUCGUUCAAGUGUUUCAUUUUCUUCCAGACAAAUGAGCUGAGGUUGCUGUCAACAAGUGUUCCUGACAGAUUUGUAAAAUUAAAGAUGAAAAAAUGAA